GCUCUUCUUCUUCCUCCCGACCCCCUACAACCCGACGAGCUCCCCAGCUACCGCCACCCAUCUCCGGCCGGGAAUACCGGUAAAGCUUGGAGAUUUCUCCUCCUUUUCUUGUUCUAGAACACCUAUUAAACCCAGAAUUUUCUAGAUCUGCUUUCUUCCCUCUGCUGCGACCUCCUUGUGGCUGGGUGGGUGAAAUUUUCAACUAUUUUGGGUAAGCAACAACCAUGGAAUUCAUCUUUUCUCCCUUAAUUUGGCUUGGGUUCACUCUAAUUGCUCUUAUUUCUUUCCAAUUUGGUGUUAGUUCUUCUCCAAUUCCCGCCAGCCUUUGAACCCGCCAGGCUCGGUUUGGCUUGCCAUAAUUCUCUGGUACUUGGUUAUUCUGCACUCUAGCACUUGGGAUUAGUGUUCUGUUUGGUGCGAUUUGAGGUAGUGAUACCCGACACAUAGGGAGCCGGGGGAGUGACGAGCUAGACGGUUAGGCAUUAUUUUGGACUUAGAUCUUUUGGAGUUAGGUCGCUAGUCUCACAUGGUUGACAUAAAUAACCAUUUUUGUGUACAGAGUUUCCUUAGUCAUAACCAUAACUGUUUAUAAACUGUUGUACAUCUUGACUAGUAAAUUUUUGGUAAUGGAAAGUUAGAUUUUACCUAAGUUUUUAGAAUUGAAUUAUCUGAAUUGGAAAUUAAGAACUCAGUAGGUUUCGAGCCUUGUGCAUUUGUGAGACCCGUUCACGAGUGCACGGCGUUUGUUAUGUCCUCGGAUUUGGGUUCUGGGGUAUGACAACCAUCAUCGUCCCUCUAUGUAUGUUCCCUUUCUCGUCGCCAAGACUUGAUGAAUCUGCAGGAAAACUACCUAAAGCAAACGAAACCCCAAAAUCCGAGCAAAACCAAAAUCCUCCUCGCACAAAAAACCUACUAUCAAGGAGAGGUUUGAGUGGCCGACAACGAGAAGAUUCUUUGUUGUUGUUGACUGCUCUGGUUAGCACAGAAAAGCAAGCUUUCCAUCUUGUUCCGGUCUAUUUUCUUCUUCAUGCUCACCCUAUAGCAGAUUUCCCUUUUCUCGAUCUUGCUGCUCUAUUCAAGCUUAGACAUCCUCAUCCUCCUCAUCCCAGAUCCAAUGGUGGAGCCUCUAAUCUUCAACGGUAAGUUCCAAAUCCAAUGGUUUAUUAUUGUUACUCUAGUGCUCUGGUAUUAAUGAGAUAUGUUCCUACAAUUAUGGAGAAAUAUCAACAUAGAGUAAUCUCAGCAUAUCAGCUUCAUCUUUACAUAUCUGUACUUUCCACUUUUACUACACUUUUAUUGCUUCCUUUUCUUUAGGCCUAACUUUAGCUAGAAUUAAUUUUUCCUUGCUGUAUAUAUGUAUGUAAUUGUGCACGAGAUCAAUACAUGAGAAAACAUUCC